GCUGUGUUAUCAAAGCAGAUUAUGAAGCAGUCUUCAUCUGUGGCAGCCUCAUCUGGUCGUCUUCAUGGCAAAACACAAGCUGUUUUUGUUUUUUGCAUUAUUGUUUUUUCUUUUUCUUCAGCUUUCAUUAUCCUAUGAUCAAGUGCCUGCUAUUGUGGAGACCAGCUCAGAUGCACCCCCAUACCAAGCCAUCGGAGUUAGAAAUGAAGCAGUGGCCAUUCAGAGUCACAGUGCCUCACAAGGAGGAAGUUAUUUGCCUGUAGCAGAAAACCCACUCAGAAGAAUAUUGCAGCCGUACGGUUGGCAGUUGCAUUCCCCACCCAGGACGAAGCGGAAGCUGCUGCAGUCUUCCGCCAGCCCUCUUCCAUACUCCCCCAUGAAUGUGGCUUACAAUGGCAAAACAUGCAUCCUAUUCAGGGCCAAAAAGCUGGCCAUCAGGUACAAGAACCAUACCUUCGUGGAUCUGACAGAGAAGGCGUUUGGCCCCAAUGCGCCAGUGGACACCAAAGGCUCAGUCUGCAGCAAAGACAAAGCCACGCUCUCCCUACGGUUUGGGGAUGUGGAAGAUCUGAGGGGUCUCACCAUAAGGCUACAGAUGUCAAACACAUUUUACGAGUCAGCGGGCCAGAACUGGUUUACCCUGGACAGCGUCCACAUCCACUACAACUGGACGCACGAGGCUACUUUCAAUGCCACCGAGGUCUACGCCCCCUCCACCUACUCUUACCACUGCCAGCAUGUCAGCAGCCUGCAGAAGUAUGACACCCUGCUGGUGCCCAGCUCCCACAGUGACAGCUCUGCAAACUGGCACAUCACAUUCACCGACUUUCAGAUCCAGGCCUUCAAUGUGCAGUCCAACAAGUUUGCCUCAGCGAGUGACUGCGCGACCUUCUUCACCCCCGCCAUCCUCAUGGGCCUGAUCACCUCCCUCAUCCUGCUGCUGGUGCUGGCCUACGCGCUGCACAUGGUGGUACACCUCAAGCACAUCGACCGCUACGAAGAGCACAAGACUACCGUGUAUUUUCCCCGCAGCCCCGAGCCGGAAUGCACAGACAAGAACAGUUUAUAGAGACCCCAAGUCCACCCCUCCUCCCCAAUCCCCAAUCCCGCCACCGCCACCAACCCAACCUUCCCGCCUCCCUUUGGAGUGACAGGCAGUUCUGUAAUAUCUCAGUGAAUUACUUUUGCCGGUUCUUCUGGAAUCUCGGCCCACCCUCCCCCAGACCACUGCUCCUCCACCCUCGACCCCCCCCCCCCAACCCACCACCUCAAAUAAAAGCACAGACAGGCCCUGUAUUGGCUGGACAUGUAACCCCAUACCUCCACAAGAUGGGGUACAGCUGCCAGAGGCUGGCUGUUCAACUGCGCUGGCCUCACUGUUUAACAAUGAGAAGUGUCUGGAGCUGAGCAGGCUCCACCCUUUCCAAUGGCUCCACAGAUCAGCGUCAUCAAGUGGAUUUAGAGAGAAAGUGAAAUGGAAGGAUUACCAAUCAAUCUGCCAAAAUACACUUUAACCACAUACUGACUGCGCAUGUGGAAACUGCCCCAAUGGAACACCAGACAUUGCAAAUUACAGAGAGAAGAACAAGAAGAAAGAAAAAUAUACCCUGAAAUUAAAUCCAAAUUAAAUAUUAGCACCCAUACGUGUAACUCCAGUUUUUGCACUGUUAGUUUUUUUUAUAGUCAAAGAAAUACUGGUAGAACCAGUCACAAAAGUUUAAUUUUAAUUUUAAUAUCACACCAUCAAGAAUAUACAGUAAAUUCUUAACUCUUUAUUUGACUCAUCACCGGUAAUCAUUUGGACAUUUGUUAUCUUUGGGUGUUUUAGCAGUGCAACAGACAGGUGUUUAAAUACUUGUGUUAUGAAAAUUUGUGAAAUAAUAUUGUAUCUUAAUUCUGGUUUUGUAAACUAUAUUUAUGUUUGAGUUUUUACAAUGUUUUUCUGUGUUCUACAAAUAGUUAAGCCUUUAAAAUUAAUUUAGGGAAAGUAAAAUACAGAAGAAAGCAGUCUCUUGACAUAUAUAAGUCAGUCAUUUAAUUAAUGCACACAAGAGACCAAAAUAACAGCAGUAAUAACAUCACCUUAAUGUUGCAUAAUAACAUACAGCAUGCCAGUGGCUACAGUAUAAAUGACAUCAGCAUACAAUACUCUGAUGGAUAGCAUUGUGCAAUGUAUAUUGGUCGUUAUCAUAAUGUACAAAAUGAAGGAAAGUAAAUUUUUCAUUGAUCUUGUUGUAAAUGAAAAAUAAACCAUUGUCAGAUUGAA